CUGGCCGUCCCCCUCCUUCCUCCCGCCGCGGAUCCACCAGACCGCGAGGCCCCGGCCGGGGCAGGGGGACGCCCCCUCCGGGGCACCCCCGGCUCUGCGCCGCCCGCGGGGCCGGCCUCCUCCCGGAGCGGAGGAGGGAGCCUCGAGGCAGCCCGAGGCCCCAGAGUCUGAGACUAGCCGCCGCCGCCGCCACUGCGGGGAGGAGGGGAGGAGGAGCGGGAGGAGCGACGAGCUGGUUGGGAGAAGAGGAAAAAAAGUUUUGAGACUUUUCCGCUGCCGCUGAGAGCCGGAGACGCGGGGACCGCUUGGCGCAGCGCUGCCCCGCGAGGAGGCAGGACCUGCGGACUCCAGACCGCCCCCGCUCACCGCCUCUGACGCAGGCUACCCCCGACACAGCGUCCCCCUGGCGUCCCCAUUCCGGACCAGCGCUCAGGAGCAGCAAACCCCGCCUCCCGCGAAGACUUCACCCCAGACCCGGGGCGCACCCCCCUGCACGCCACCCUCCCCCACCCUUCUCCCGAGCCCCCGCAACCUAGGACCCUCUCUCCUCCGGGCGACGGAUCUCUCCCAGACCUGCCACAGCUCCCCUAUCCAAGACCACCCCGCUUCUGGUACCAGAUCUCGCCCACCUCGAUUUUUUCCGUGGGAUAUUGAGACACCCCGUGACCGAGCCUCCCAAAGACCCCUGCUUCGUUCUCCCCGAAGGACUCAAUUUCCCCCGAGACCCUCCUACCUUUCCCCGGGAGACCCCCAGCCCCAGGAGGGGCGGGGCCUCCCCAUCCCACCUCUGCCCUGUUCGCGCUCUCGGCGGUGCCGGGGGUCGCCGCCUCCCCCAUGCCGCCCUCUCGGCUGCGGCUCCUGCCGCUUCUGCUACCGCUACUGUGGCUACUGUUGCUGACGCCUGGCCGGCCAGCCUCGGGACUGUCCACCUGCAAGACCAUCGAUAUGGAGCUGGUGAAGCGGAAGCGCAUCGAGGCCAUCCGCGGUCAGAUCCUGUCCAAAUUGCGCCUCGCCAGCCCCCCGAGCCAGGGGGAGGUACCGCCCGGCCCGCUGCCCGAGGCCGUGCUCGCUCUGUACAACAGCACCCGCGACCGGGUGGCCGGGGAGAGCGCCGAGCCAGAGCCCGAACCCGAGCCGGACUACUAUGCCAAGGAGGUCACCCGCGUGCUAAUGGUGGAGAACAACCACAAUAUCUAUAAAAGCAUCGAGACUGUUGCGCACAGUGUAUAUAUGUUCUUCAACACAUCAGAGCUCCGGGAAGCUGUGCCUGACCCUCUGUUGCUGUCUCGGGCAGAGCUGCGUAUGCAGAGACUCAAGUUAAGCGUGGAGCAACACGUGGAACUGUACCAAAAAUACAGCAACAAUUCCUGGCGCUACCUCAGCAACCGGCUCCUGACCCCCAGUGACACACCGGAGUGGUUGUCCUUUGACGUCACUGGAGUUGUGCGGCAGUGGCUGAGCCACGGAGAGGAAUUAGAGGGCUUUCGCUUCAGCGCUCACUGCUCCUGUGACAGCAAAGAUAACACACUCCGCGUGGAAAUCAACGGGAUUGGUCCCAAACGCCGGGGUGACCUGGCGGCCAUUCAUGGCAUGAACCGGCCCUUCCUGCUUCUCAUGGCCACCCCACUGGAGAGGGCCCAGCACCUGCACAGCUCCCGGCAUCGCCGGGCCCUGGACACCAACUACUGCUUCAGCUCCACGGAGAAGAACUGCUGUGUGCGGCAGCUCUACAUUGACUUCCGCAAGGACCUGGGAUGGAAGUGGAUCCACGAGCCCAAGGGCUACCACGCCAACUUCUGCCUGGGGCCCUGCCCCUACAUUUGGAGCCUGGACACACAGUACAGCAAGGUCCUGGCCCUGUACAACCAGCACAACCCAGGCGCGUCGGCGGCGCCGUGCUGCGUGCCGCAGGCGCUGGAGCCGCUGCCCAUCGUGUACUACGUGGGCCGCAAAGCCAAGGUGGAGCAGCUCUCCAACAUGAUCGUGCGCUCCUGCAAGUGCAGCUGAGGCCCCGCCCACUCCCGCCCCGCCCCGCCCCGCCCCGGCAGGUCCGGCCCCGCCCCCGUCGGGGGCUGUAUUUAAGGACACCUGUGCCCCAAGCUCACCUGGGGGGCUGAUUAAAGGUGAAAGAGGA